AUGCAUGCCAUUCUUGGCUUAGGCGCAUCCCAUCUUUCCGUCAUUCGCCCGCAUGGAGAUCCGACAACUGAUGCAAAUGCAAUUGAACACCGGGGACAGGCAAUAAAGGGUCUUAACCAGCUUCUGGUGAAGCCAGAUCCCAGCAGCGAAGAGCUGGAUGCUAUGCUUGCCGCCUGCUACGCUCUAACGAUGCAAUCCGGAUAUAUGUUCGAUGCACUUCUUGAUUUCGUGGUAUUCAUUCGUGGUUGUUCUCUAAUCACGACUAGGAUAAAGCAGAAGGACGCUGGCAAAAGCGUAUUCCCUGUGGAGCAGACUGCAGAUCUCAAUGAGUUUCUCCCAAAGAUCACUAACAACUUGGACAUCAACCCGAUUCUAUUGAAAAGUGGGAUUGAGUCAGUGCAGUCACUAGUUACCUUGUUGGAAGAUGAAACCCAUGCCUAUUUCUGGAAAUGUCUACUCGAUACCCUUCUUGCUGCUCAAGAUUCCUCUGAAGAUACCUUUCUGAUAUAUGAGAAAAACUACUCCGCAUGGUACAACCUUAGUACAAGCCAGUUCUCGAAAUUCAUUUCAGCGGAAAAUACCUCCACCCUCAUAUUGUUCGCCCACCAUAUAGCAAUUGAGACAAUGAUGGUUCCAAUGUUAUUAUCUGUUAUCCCUGCGCGUGCAAGGGUGCCUGAAGUGACAUUAUACCAGGUCCAAUGGGUAGACGUCAUUUAUAGAAAAUUGCCGUCUCACCUUAGGAAGUAUGUGAGGUGGCCCAUUGAGGCUAUCGCUCAUUGGGGAAUGGAGUACAAAAUAUUUUCUAACGAAGUAGGGAGCAAGCUACGGAAAACCUUCUUGGAUCAUUGUGAAAAUACAAUGCUGGGGGAAUAA